AAUCAUCGGCGGCGCCUGUGAUUGGUCGGGAAGGCUGUCCCAAGGCUCCGGAUACAAUGUAGCAGUUGGUGGGGGUUCAGUCAGUGAAGCCGCCGAGUGUCUGAUCGCCGCUCCGCUCCCGCUAUGCCCGCGCUGUCCUGCGAUGUCGCCUGGAAGGAGCUGUCAGAGUGGUUCAAAGCCAACUCCGCGCAACUCAACCUGCGCCACUUGUUCCAGUCCGAGCCCGACCGCUUCAGCAAAUUCAGCCUGAUCCUGAAGACAGAGGAUGGAGACAUCCUACUGGAUUAUUCCAAGAACCUGGUCACUAAGGACGUGAUGCAUAUGCUGGUGGAGAUGGCCAAGGCCCGGGGUGUGGAGAAAGCCAGAAACGCCAUGUUCAGUGGGGAGAAGAUCAACUUCACAGAGAAUCGAGCCGUGCUGCACAUUGCACUGAGGAAUCGCUCCAACAAACCCAUCAUGUUUGAAGGGAAGGAUGUGACCCCCGAGGUCAACAAAGUCCUGGACAAGAUGAAAGCUUUCUGUGAGAGGGUCCGGGGCGGUGAAUGGAAAGGAUUCACUGGCAAAACCAUCACUGACGUGGUCAACAUAGGCAUCGGCGGCUCCGACCUGGGACCACUGAUGGUGACGGAAGCGCUGAAGCCUUACUCUAAGGGUGGGCCGCGGGCCUGGUUUGUGUCUAACAUUGAUGGGACACACAUGGCCAAGACGCUGGCCGAGCUGCACCCCGAGACCACCCUCUUCAUCAUCGCCUCCAAGACGUUCACCACUCAGGAGACCAUCACCAACGCUGAGUCGGCCAAGGAAUGGUUCCUGGUGACUGCGAAGGAUUCCGCUCAUGUGGCAAAGCACUUUGUGGCCCUGUCCACCAAUGCGACGAAGGUGGCUGCCUUUGGGAUCGACCCUAAUAACAUGUUUGAGUUCUGGGAUUGGGUUGGUGGUCGCUAUUCUCUCUGGUCGGCUAUUGGUCUAUCCAUCGCACUGCACAUAGGAUUCGAAAACUUUGAGCAGCUGCUGAAGGGAGCUCACUGGAUGGAUAACCACUUUCACUCGGAGCCGCUGGAGAGGAACGGGCCGGCACUGCUCGCUCUGCUCGGCAUCUGGUACAUUAACUUCUACAAAGCGGAUACUCAGGCGCUGCUGCCCUACGACCAGUACAUGCACCGCUUCGCAGCGUACUUCCAACAGGGAGACAUGGAAUCCAACGGGAAGUGCAUUACCAAACAGGGCUCUCGGGUGACGUAUAAGACGGGCCCCAUCGUGUGGGGGGAGCCGGGUACCAACGGGCAGCAUGCAUUCUACCAGCUCAUCCACCAGGGAACCCGAAUGAUCCCGGCCGACUUCUUGAUCCCUGUCCAGACCCAGAAUCCCAUCCGGAAUGGCCUGCACCACAAGAUCCUCACAGCUAAUUUCCUGGCUCAGACGGAAGCCCUGAUGAAGGGGAAAACCGAGGAUGAGGCGCGGGCGGAGCUGGAAGCCUCUGGGAUGAGUGGGGAAAAAUUGAAGCAGAUCACUCCUCACAAGGUGUUUGAGGGAAACCGACCCACCAACUCCAUUGUCUUCAAGAAGUUGACCCCGUACACGCUGGGAGCACUGAUUGCUCUGUAUGAACACAAGAUCUUUGUGCAGGGAGUGAUCUGGGACAUCAACAGCUAUGAUCAGUGGGGUGUGGAACUUGGCAAACAGCUGGCAAAAGCGAUUGAGCCGGAACUGGCGACUGCUGACCCCGUCACAUCACACGACAGCUCCACCAAUGGGCUGAUCAACUUCAUCAAACAACACCGGGCCUGACCUGGUCCUGGCCGGUCUCACCCCAGCUCGAGCACGGAUCCUGCUCCUGCGCUCACACACGUGUUGUAAUUAGUUGUCUGUAGUCUCCUCCCUCCCCCCCACCGGGGGCCACUGUGUGCGUCUGGUGUCAGUAUAAACGGAGGCUUGAAGCGAGCAGCACACACUAGCGCCCGCACUCAGGUCACCGCCUCACGGUUAGAAUGUGGUUUCACAGCUAUGAGCAGCUUCAAAUAAACCUGCAGCAGAACGUAAUGUAA